CUUCCAGAUCUGCCACCUCUGGAGGCAGGCACGUCAAAGACGCUGGGGGAAAAACAACCGUGCCACGCCGGGCUGGUUUCUCGCCCGUUGCCCCGGGGAGGCGGCGUGGGAAGGAAGGCGGCAUCUCGGAGCACACGGCAGCUCUGCGCAGCAGCCAGCCCUCGGGAUCGGCCACGGCAGAGUGUCUCUCCAGGUGCUGAUUUCCAGCCUUCCUGGGCAGCAGGAUGACGCUGUGGAACGGAACCUUCCCCUUCUAUCCUGGUGCCAAGGAGUGCUUCCCCUUUGACACCACCCGGGCCGUCAUCAUCUCUGUCUUCCUCUCCGUGUUGGCCACUUUCAUCAUCAUCCUGCCAGGGAUCCGGGGCAGGGGGCGACUCUUCUGGUUCCUGCGGGUGGUGAUGGGCCUCUUCACAGGAGCGGUGGUCCUCACCGUACAGUUCACGAGGGACUGGGAGACCGGCUGGGUGGCAGCAAACACCUCCUACAAAUCCUUCAGCCAUGCUCUGGUGAACGUGAACAUCGGGCUGCACAUUGGCCUGGCAGGGGUGAACGUCACACUGGUGGGAAACCCGGUGAAUCAGCUCAAUGAGACCAUCAACUACAACGAGCACUUUGACUGGAGCUUCCAUGCAGACUAUGACCGCAGCUAUGAUAAAGGUCUGGAGAAGGGGCUGCCCAGCCCCAUCCUCUAUGUGGCAGAGAAGUUCACCACACAAAGCCCCUGUGGCAUGCACAAGCAGUACCGCAUCUCCAGCCACUACACAUCCCUCACACUGUGGAUGGCCUUUUGCACAUGGCUCAUUUCCAUUCUACUGUUCUCCAUGCCCAUCCUGCUCUACGGCGCCUGCAUGCUCUUGCUCACUGCCGUGCUGAUGCUCUCCUCACUGCUCUUCUUCACUGCGAGGAACACUCCGAAGUGUCCCGUCCAGUUUGGCCCAGCUUCCCUGAAAACAGACUACGGUGGAUCCUUUUGGCUGACAUUAGCAACAGGGCUGUUGUGCCUGCUGCUGGGGUUGGGCGUCAUCAUCCUGAACUCCUUGCAGCCAGAGAAGCUGAAGCUUGUCUUUAACCUGGACAAGGGAAAGGGAGAAGAAGAGGAGGGGUGGAACAAGUCCCACCUGCCAGCCAAGCCCAGCUCCUCUGCACAGGACACGUUGAUGGUCCCCCUGGGUGAACUCUGCGAGGUGACAACCACCCAGCUGUAAGCACUGGGAGGAGGCAGAGCAAAGCCUGAAGACACCCCUCCUGAAUUCACACUCUGGUCCAACCCCACCAGGAGCCCAGGUGGGAAGAGACACAAGAGCCAGGUAACGAGAAUAUCCAAGUCUGGAAAGGUGAAGGUGUCUCAAAUAUGACAG